CGUCAACGACGACGAAAAAAGUUUUGUUUUCCUUUUAUUUUAUGCAAAAGAAUCAAAUAAAAUUUGUGUGUUGUAUUUUUAUAAUUGGAAAGCAUCCAUGGACGAAUGUUGCGUGAUUUGAAACGAAAAUAGAAAAUUGCGUAAAAGUAACGGCUGUGACGGUGACAACGACGUCGGGUGCAUGAAAAAUUCUUGAGCUAAAAAUUGAGAUUUGUAGAAUUCGUAAACGGUAACAAUGAUGACGGCAACGACAACUUAGUCGACGAAUGAAAGAUAUCAAGAAAACCAAGCAUAACAAUAGAAGAAAAACUUCUGUAUUAAAAUUCAGAAAUUCUUUAUUCUUAGAAUAAAGUAAAUAUAUUUGAUUUAUAAAUUUGACAGAACAACGGAGUACAUUGAAUAUAUAGAGGUGGCUAAAAGUUAUGGCAUUGGCUAGAAAAUUGACCGCUAAAAUAUAUGAGAUAAAAGCUCAUGACGGAAAUGUUACCAGUCUAGACCUUGGAGAAACUGGGAGUGUUUUAGUAACUGGAGGGCAGGACCGAAAUGUGAAUUUGUGGGCAAUCGGUCGGGAAGAGCUUUUCAUGUCCUUAACAGGACAUAACAGGCCCAUUGAUUGUGUACGUUUUGCAUAUAAUGACGAUUUCGUGUAUUCGGCGGACGAUAUUGGUAUUAUUAGGCGAUGGGACUUAAACGCACAAACCAUUUGUUCGACUUUGAAUGGUCAUAUGAAAAGUGUACGAACUCUAGAUUUUAAUCCUUCUGGUGAAUAUGUGGUAUCGGGCAGCAAUGAUACCACCGUCAGGUUGUGGGAUGUUAAAAAUCAAAAUAGAUGCAUUAAAAUUUAUCGGGGCCAUAUCGCUCAGGUUAACUCGGUAAAGUUUUCGCCAGAUGGGUUGUGGAUUGCAUCUGCUGGCACAGAAGGAUCCAUAAUCAUCUGGGAUAUACGAAAAAGUAAACAAAUUAUGGAGUUUAGUGAGCACCCUCCAGCAGCUGCCAUUACUUGCAUCCAAUUCCAUCCGUUUGAGUUCCUAUUAGCAGUUGGGCGCGUCGACGGCACCAUUAGCAUAUAUGAUUUGGAAAGUCAAUCGCGUAUAUCACAAACAGAAACAGAAAGUCAAUUUUAUGGUCAUCCAAUAAAGUGCAUAACUUUCAGUGAGAAUGGAGAAUGUCUCUUCGUGGGCACAGCAGCAGGUAUUUCUGUGAUCGGUUGGGAACCAGAUCGCGAAUUCGAUCACAUAAUAUCAACCUGGACAGCGUUAGGCGAUAUGAAGGUGGUUAAUCGAAAGUUGAUAUGUGGUUCAUAUGAACAAAGCCUUGUUUCCAUCAAUGCACUUAGCAUUGAUCGCGUAUUUCCAUUUUACAAUCCAACCAAUUCAACGCCCACCGCUUUCAGUCAUAACUCUACUACACGCAAGAGCUUCUCGCGUGGUAGCCAGAAGUUAAGAUUGUCAAUCACUGGCCCAAAAACAUCGCGACUAGUAGAAGAGAAUGAAGAUAACAGAAGUCCCAGUAUUGAUGGCCAUUCAUCCCCAAAUUUAAGUCUUGAGUUGGUUGACGAAUCCUUGCUGGAUACCACAUGUCCUCCUCCACCACCAGCGCCAGCUAUAACGUCAUUAAAUGGCGUGAAUACUAAUAUUGUCAAUAGUAACUCCUUGCAUUUUGACUCUUCAUAUAGAGGAAUGACAUCUAUGACGCAUAAGUCCAACACUUCUCCUCCAUAUAAUUUUCCGUCGAUGGCAUCCAGCACUGGGUACAGUUCAUUCAGUGGCAACGGUCACUGCUCGUUGAAUUUCGAUGGACCUAGUUCGUUAAAAAUGCCCGGAGAACGUGAUAUUUAUCUCCACAUGCCAUUGGGGAACUCAUUUGCAAAUGACAUUGAAUAUAAUUUAAAUGAAAGUAAUCCGCCCGUAAUAUCAAACUAUGACCACACAGAGCUGGUCGAAGACUUUCCGGUGAAUCAAAACAUUCAUCAACAGCCAAAUGGACCAAAUUCAGUGAGUUCAACCACCGCGUCAAUGGGGCCUGCCCAAGCGAUUCCGGCGUUUAAGGGUCCCAAAUCGAAAGCAACAACCAGCGCACAAAAACGUAGCACGCAAAUAGCAAUAUCAACUAGUGGCAAAUCACACAUGAACUCCUCCCACCAGCAUCGUAGCAAGUUGUCGCAAGUGUCGUCGGUGAGUUCUACAGAGCUGCAUAAAUUAGAUGACAAUAUGCCAUUGAAGAAGUCAUCUUCGUCGCAUUACAUAAACAAGACGAAGCGCGGAAACGAAACGCAAUCAAAUCUCAACAAAGAGAACGCAAGAAAUAAGAAUAUAAGUGUGCAAAUCUACGCAAAGCCGCCAACGCGCUCACGCACUACCCUGGAGCUGCGCUCGCCACAACGUCAAGCUGUUUCUGCAGCGGUGGCUGCUCAAAGACAAUCUAACAGAUUUUCAAGUUACGUUGCAGAUGGCAGCACAAUCCCUAAUAUACCUGUCAACGCUCGGCCGGAUCCAGUGUUACUAACACAAGGGAACUUGAACCAAAAGAGUUUUGGCAACCAUCAAAAUAUAGAUGAUAGUUUAGAGAUACAAAUACUGCUGGCGUCGCAUGAACAAAUCUUUCAAGAGCUAAGCAACAGAAAUGCAACUCUGCAGCUGAUACGGAAUUCUACAAGGUCUCAUGACGUCAUUGGUGCUUUGAAGCAAGCUAUCAAGACAGGACGAACUGUGUUCGUCGAUCUUUUAGGCGCUAUAAUGGAAAAAACCUCGUCGUGGAACUUAGAUUUGUGUCUUCUGUUACUACCGGAAAUCUAUGAACUGUUGCAAAGCCCACACAAGUUUCAUUACACGCGCGGCUGUGACACGCUUCGAGUGAUUCUUUCGAAUUUCUUGCCGAUUAUACAAGACAAUAUAGAUCCCUGGUCGAAUAGUUUGGGAGUCGAUGUUUCGCGAGAAGAGCGUCACCGCAAAUGCAUCGAGUGUCAGCACUGGUUGCUACAGAUACGCAAUUUGCCAGAAAGUAACCAUUUCGGCAGCACUUUGUCCCAAUUGCAAAACAUGAUCGUUAAUAUUUAAUGGAACAUUUUGGUCUACCGAUUCCACCUUACACGUUUCCACACAUAUGUUUUGUGUUGUUUAUAUUUCAGUUUACCAGUAGCCACUUUGGCUCCGUUCACUACAUAUAUACAUUUAAUGUCCACCUUUAUAUUCAUUAGUUAUGGUGUCGAAAUUGUUAAUAAUUUAUUGUUAGGUUCGUAAAGAUUUAAAUCACUGCAUAUUUCAUGUAACAUUUAUGUUUCAAACUAGUACUAACAGUAUUUUAAGUUGCAUGUGUGUUUGUAUUCUCAACAUUUUGUUGACCGUUUUCUGAUACAAAUAUAAAGUAACAACAUAUAACAAGAAAAACUGUUAGAAAAUUCACCUAUCGCUAUUGAUUUGUUUUUAUAAUAAAAUGUUCUUGCAAAACACUGCAAAUUACAAUAAUAA